GACUAAAUAAAGGCCAGUGCUAGCCUUCUCAGGCUCAGUUGCCUCAGGCAAGCGUGUGAUUCACAAUAUGGAAAUCAGUAAAUGGGAUGCUCUUUCAUUUCUGAAAUGCCAUAUUGAUGAGUCCAGGCUGAGCUUUGGCUCAAUAUCCUUGGAUAUUGACCCUGACCUCAUUUACCUAUGGGCGUAUUGUUUGGUCUUUCUGUUCCUGUGCUACCUGGUGGGGAUUCCAUCUCUAUUCACUGGCUGGAAAACCACAGAGGGCAGAAAGUGCAGAGCCAAGAGGAGGCGGAAAGGGGGGACACUGACAGGUUGGAGCUAUUGCCAGAGUGACACAGAAGAGAAGAGGAAGCUGACUGCUAUUGUGGAAAGUCCCCUGGGCCGGAAACAUGCUACCACCCGCUUUCGCCAACUAUUGUGUCCAGACCCCUUCUGUGAAGUGUGUAAUAGAGCAACUGCUGAGAUCAACCAACUGCUGUUCUCAGAAGCCCUGGAAGAUGCUCCCUCUGUCUCUUCUUUGGCUUCCACAGCUCCCAUGGCUGAGUCCUCCUUCACAAUGUCCUCUGCCUUCCCAGCAGCUCCCGCUGGAGACCAAAUACCAGUUUCUUUGCUUCAACCUUCCCCACCACCCCUCUCCAACCCUCUUCACUCACCUAAUCCACUGACCUGUUCAGAUGAGUUUCUUGCACCCUCACUGGGAUACAAUCUGUCACCAGAGCCUUUUCCUUCACUGGGUCCUGAAUACCCAGCAGGCCAUUCUUCACCACAACACCGUGCUUUUUCCCCAGUCCCCCAAUAUCACAACCAGAGAGUGGACGCUGUGCUCCCAGCACACACCCCUUUGUCUCUAAAUAACAUCUUCUCAGGGGACCCCACCCUCUGUCAAGGUAUCAAAGCCUUACCUAAUUUGCCACAACCAAUGAAUCCUGAUGAUCCAUAUGGUUAUCAUCAUCCACCACCAACACUGUCUGUUUCAUCACCUCAAGACACUACGGUAACUCGGACUCAAUCUAAAGCAAUUUCCAUCUCAUUCAAGACUGUCUCAGAGAACACCACCUCCUGCAGCCCACCAGGGCUUUCUGUUUCAGACUGGUUAGCCUCUACCUGGGCACCACGUGGGGACUUCACUCACGAAUGGCUUGCCCUUCCGUCUUUCGAGACCUCUGUGAACCUGCCAUUUCUCAGUGCAGACGUCUUGGAACUCCUAGAGAGGCAAGUGCAAAAGCGGAGUGAUUUCCUGAUGUGGAAGGACAAGGAAAAGAAUAGUUAUUCCUUUCCAAAACCACAGGGACCAGGGUACCAACCGAAUUCUUCAGGGGGAAUGUUAGGGUCCCCUGCUGAUAAGGAUGACUCAGCAGUCUCCCUUCCCCAAGGGAGCCCCAAAGGCAAACCACAGGAGCUGCAGAUGCAUGAACUGCCCCCACAUCUUAAAUCUUUGGGGGACCAUUUACAGCAAAAACGCAUCCAGUUCUUCUGGGGUCUCCCAUCCCUACACAGCGAGUCCUUGCGCUCUGCCAUCUCUCUCUCGGGGGGCGCUCCCCCUGUCUCUUUUUUCAAUAGAAUAUCAAAUGCCUCCACCAAUCAAGAAGCCCCAGAGCUUCCCCAGCCCCUCCCUCUGUCCUCACCCGAAAUCCAGACUCCAACGUUGCCUCAAACUCCGCCACAGUCCCCGUCCAUGCCACAAUCCCAGCCGCCAGCCGACCUGCCUUGCCCAAUCCCAGCCCAACCAUCUGGCCCUUCACACCAAAUUAAGAUCUGUGGCGUGUUUUCCAAUAGACCCGAGAAUGACCCAGAUUGUCUCCAACCUGCUGAUACUGAAUUCCUGGAAUGGCAUGUGUUGCAGAAGCAACUAGCAGAUGUGUGGGGUUUACCCGCUGUUGUCCAAAGUUCUUACAAAGACUUUAGCGCUUCACCUCCCGAUUUUCCUCAACGCCGGCACUCUCUUGUCUCUAAAUCCAUCUCCAUCCUUCCUGGAGAUUUCCCCAUUAGUGAUAAACUUCGGAGAAAACUAGAACAUCACCUUCGAAAGAGGCUUAUCCAACACUGUUGUGGCUUGCCCCAAAGGAUCGUACAUUCCAUGUCAUUACAGAUGCCUCCAGAAUGGCUGUCAGAGGCAAAUGAAUUGGGGGGCUACAGUGCACCUUCGGGAAGCACUGUGCUUCAGGGUCGGAGUUGCAAAACUCUAAAUGUUGGACUGAGCCAAUCGGGAAGUGUCCAUGAGAGGAAGAGCUCGGUAAUGUCUCAGUGUAAGAAGGAUGCAGGGAGGUCUGAGGGACAUAGCCCAGAAAAAGUCUCUGCGAAACUGCACAACCAAGUAGGGCAGGACGAUUUGUGUUCAUCGGUGUGUCAGGACUACUCCCUCAACACCUCCCAGCAGCUCUCCUUCAUGAAGUCCAGCGCGCAGAAUUUGCUGGAAGACCAUAUGAAGAGGUUUCGUCUGGGGAUGCGAUUGGGACCUCCCUCUAGAGUCCGUCAAUCCUUAGACAUCUUCAAAGAGACAGAAACCUCUUCCCUUCCCAACCAUCCCUCCUCAACCAACAUGACUACUCAGGAGGACUCCAAAUCAGGGGGCUUCACGUCCAUUAGAAGAAAAUCGAAUGGGGAAGAGAAGGUGGGGCUAACAGGUGUAGGUCCUGUGCGAGCUCACCCUGUCCCUGCUACCUCACACCUGGGCAGGGACAGAGAAGGGAGCGUGAGAGAACCAAUCCCUGCCGUCACCCAGGAGCCAGCAGAGGGUGCGCAGAGGAUGAAGGGUGGCAGACCCAGUCUUCUGCCUGUCGAACACAGUCUCCCGGGCAAGUCAAGGCAGACUCAGUGUCCCCGAGGCACGAGGUGCCCCCCCAUGCCGCCUGCAAGGCAGGCUGUGGCCACACACGAGCCAGAGGCUGACAGAAUGAGUUUCAGUAGUAGAGCAGAAAUGCUGCAGGGCAAAGAGAGGCGCCAGAACUUAGAGAUGCUUUCCAAAGCCGGUAUGUCCAGGGAGAUAUUCAGGGCUGAGGAACUUGAUGCUCCUCGAUCAAAAUCUAGUGACAUUUUGAUAACCAGCAAGCCAGGGAGCCCUCCACCAGCACCACUUUCUUCGGAUAACUUGACCGUCAAGUCCUCACUGACUCAUGCUCAGGGCAUCUCCAGUGGGGACAUGGAGGCCUCCCAGGUGCUGCAGGCCCACUUGGUGGACAGUGGGUUCAGCCCGAGGCGGCGGCUGGGGAAUGGGAUUUGUCAGCAUGCGUUCAAGAGGUGGCAGGAUAAGAAUUUCCCUCCAGCUGCCAAGAGAGUGAGUCUUCGGGGGACCAACACAGAUGAGCUGGGUGGAGGGGACGCCAGGCUGGGGACACCCCAACCCAGAAGGCACAGCGUUCCCACUCGGAACAUGGCAUUACAUGAGGCACACUGGAGGCAGACUGCCCAGGUUUUCAACAAAGAGGGGCAACCUCCUGCUGAAAACAUAUUCAGGCAAAAAGUGAAGCACUUUUUGCAAUGGAUUCGUCUUAGGAAAAGAGAAGAAAAUUCCCAGGAGAAGGGCAGCUCCAUAUCAAGCUGUCCGCUUAAAAGUGGAGCUUCCUUUUCUGGGAUGUCGGGAGCUCAGAACAUCAAGACAGGCACUAGAAAGUCCCAGGAGAGGCUGGGCUAUCACGAGACCAUUCAUUCGCCAGUGAUGUGUGGGAGAACGCAUCAGAAUGCAAAAGUGCAGACCUGCACUGAGCCUAUUCAGCGACAUCCUCUUAACUACAGGGGUCCCUGCUGUAAAGUGACACACGCCAAGUUCUGCCCCCAAGCUGCUGUCAUUGCUGGCCAGACUCAUCCUACAAAUAUUCGAUGGGUCAGAGACAUGGGCGGACAUCCACAGAAAGCUGUGGCACUUGGGGAACAGCUAUUGUGUGGGAAGCGUCCCCCACCCCCACAUGGUAUCUGUAUACCAUCUAAAAGCCAACUGCAGGCCUCACGUGGGCCACGCUUCUCCAACGUCUCUCACCACUGUGGAAGGGACGGUGAUCAGAGAGCUGUGUCAACUACGUAAACAGAAAAUUCUCCUGCAAAUUUUCCAGCGAGGAAAAUUUUGUACCCAAAAUAAUUAUUGUUUAUCAGAUUGAUUAUCCCCAAUAAAUUCUUCUUUAAUAGCAAAGUCUUAUGUUUCUGGGACUUGGGUUUUGGG